GUGUUGGUUACAGUGUAGUACUUGUGGCAUUUUACACUGAUUGGUUUUAUAAUAUGAUUAUAGCAUGGUCACUUUAUUAUUUCGGUGCAUCGUUCACAUUCAAUCUACCAUGGAUGUCAUGUAAUAAUCCAUGGAAUACCGAAAAUUGCAUAGAUUUUCAUUUAACAAAUAAUAAUGAUUCAAUGUUUAUAUGGGAAAAUAUCUCAAUACAAAAUAAUCAUUCAAGCAUAGGGAAUAUAACAUUUCCUGUUGAAGAAUACUUCAG